GACAGGCAUCAAACGCAGGUUUGGCUGCAGACUGGUCGGGAUUCCUUUCGCCGCCUCGGUCGCUUCAGACGCAUCAGGUCCAACAGAGAGUCACCGAAGACGCUCAGCAUCUGGACAGAGGAAGGGGACAGAGGAAGGACCACGACGCCCAGAGAUCCCAGGCUUGGUGGCUACAUGCACAGCUCUCUUUGGCUUUGAGAAGAACAAGCGUACGAAUCAGCAGGAACCAUGGAUUUUGUAAUGAAACAAGCUUUAGGUGGGGCCACCAAAGACAUGGGUAAGAUGCUGGGUGGGGAGGAGGAGAAGGACCCGGAUGCAGCCAAGAAGGAGGAGGAGCGGCAGGAGGCGCUGAGGCAGCAGGAGGAGGAGAGGAAGGCCAAACACGCCCGCAUGGAGGCAGAGAGGGAAAAAGUACGGCAAACCAUCAGGGACAAGUAUGGGCUGAAGAAGAAGGAGGAGAAGGAGGCGGAGGAGAAAGCAGCCAUGGAGCAGGCCUGUGAGGGGUCACUGACACGUCCGAAGAAGGCGAUCCCGAGGGGCUGCGGCGAUGACGAGGAGGAGGACGAGGAGAGCAUCCUCGACACUGUCCUCAAGUUUCUGCCCGGACCUCUACAGGACAUGUUCAAGAAGUAAAAGAAAAAACAAACAAAUCAAACGAACCCUAAAUUCAGGGUCCAGUCUGGCCUGGGCUAGACUGUGGGGCAAAGGGAGGAGGGGAGAAGAGAGACCGGGGGGACUUGAAUUGGUUAGGGUAUUUGUUAGCAGGAACAGAGUAGAUUUGGGGCAUGUAGAAGUCGGUGGGAGCAGAAACGAUUCGGGAGGGGGGGUUCUUGCCAAACUGUUAGAGGCUACACACUGCCUUUCUAGAAAUCUUAUACUUUCUUAUUUUCUACUCCUCGACGACUGCGUCAUUCUUCCCCCCUUUUUUUUUGCCACAAUUGCUGUUAAACCUUUCAACUGCCACUUAGCACAUUUCUUACAAUUAGUAUGUUUUUUUUUCUCAUUGUUAUUUUUUACACCCAUUAAGAUGAGACAUUUUGAUUGGUUGGCCAACAUCUGUUGCCAAGCAAUGGUGACCAAUGGUGCAACAGUAUUCCCUUAAAGACGAGCAGUGGACACUGUCCUCUGGCUACUGUGGUUUUUCACAUGGCACUGCCACCAUGUUUUCCAGUAGAGGGAGCAUGUUUUGUUUAUUUCAGUGGGUGUUUUCUACUUUUCUGAACCUGGUGUAGGUCUUUAUAUUAAAAAAAAAUAAAAAAUCAGCAUUUGAGUUUUUAGGACAUGUGCCUUCAUAUCAUCUCCUCCAGCAGAGGAAUUGUAAAUGAGGGUUUCAUUUUGAGUCAAACAGGUGUACAGUUGUUGGUAGCACGUAGGCACGCGUUCAAAGACACAAGAUCACGAGGACACUUUUGGAAUAAUGUAUUUGAUAUUAGUUUGGCCAGCUGGCAUAUUUUGGGGUUUCCAAAAGUUCAAACCAGGGACUUCUGGAAAUUCCAGAUAAAGUUUGAAAGCUUAACAGACCACUACUCACUAUUUAAAAACAUAAUUCACUGGCCACCAGCUUCCAAAGAUCUGUUUGCUGAGGAAAAAAGUUUUAUUUACCUCCGACUUCCACCUCUAGUUUUACAAAAGCUAGACUUUCUAAGCCUGCGAGCUGGUUAGACUGCCAUCGUGUUAGAAAAAGGAAACUCAAUAUCAUGAACAUGUCAAGAACUCAUGUCAAUAUAUGAAUUUUAAAUCAAAAAAAAGUUUUGGAAUAGACUUUACUUAGCUCAAAGAAUCAUUCAUACAAACAAACAAGACUCUUUUUUACCUUCUUUGAAUCUCACUUUCGAAAAUAAAUCACUGCUCUUUUGUCCUAAAUUAUAGAUUUAAACAACGCUCAAAGUAAAAGUCAAACCAAGUCAUCAUGAUUUAAGGUAGUGUGGUCCCCAUAGACAAUCAAAGCAUUAGCCAAUGGGAAACAGUGGGGGUAUCCAUUUCCUGUCACACCAUCCAUGACUUGUUAAAAGUGGGUUCUACAUUAAGCACUUGAUUAACUAUUACUAUUAAGUGGCUCUUAAUUUGAACUAUUUAUUCAUACUUUAUUUUCUUUUUUCUUCUUAACUCAUGAAUGCAAGUGCCAGACAAUGUCUGCGUUUUUUUUUUUUAACUUAACUUUUACUUUUGUGAAUGUGCUGCAGAUUUAUUUUAAUGCAACUGAAAAUGUGAUUUAAGUCACAUUCCAGCUGAGCUAACCUUUCUUCUCAUCUUUUAAUGCAAAAAGUUUACCUUAACUGAAGUUCGCCAACACUGAGACCAAAGAAAUACUGGUGAGACCUUACUAUUUCUUUCGUCACCGCCGAAACAAAGACACGCAUGCCGAACUUGGUUUUAACUGUAUGUGUGAGGCCUGUGGGAGAAACACAGCAGCCCAUUCAAUGUGUGCAUGCUUCCCAGAGACCACCACUAAAAUAAAAUGAUCCUGUCCUAUUUCUGCAAAAGUAUUUCCUGGCUAAAUAAGACUGGCUAAUUUAACUGUAGACUGAGCCUGAGCAAACUGGUCCGUGAGUUGUCACGUCUCACAGCCUGAAGAGCUCAUUUAGAGUUGAGUAUAUUCUGCAUCCUGCAUCUCUUAAUCCAGCAAAAAUAUCAUAGUGAUUUGUCAUAUAGCAUUUAAGUAGAUGUGCUGUAAGUGGAAACGAUCUCUAUUUAGUGAAACUACCUUAAUAUAUGGACAUUUAUCGAUAAAACAAAGCAUGUUGGUUAUUCCUAAAUGAUCCGGUGGCUUUUCAGUGGUUAGUUAUGCGACGGUGUAUGAUUAAUACAUUGUUCCAUGAGUUUGUAACUUAGAAUAACUUUAUAAUAAGGAUUAAUAAGACUAAUGAUGAAGUUGUCAUAAUCAAACAUUUUCCUUCUUUUCAUUUUCUAGCUCAGAUAGGACUUUUCACUAGACAAAGCCAUAUUGUUUAGAUUGCAAUAAUUACUUAAAAUGAUAAAAAGAGAAUAUUUCAGCAUUGAACGUUAAUGUCUCGUUUGUUUUCUGUAAAAAAAAAAAAAAGAAGAAGAAAGAUAUUUGCAUAUCUGUUUGUAAAUCCUCACCAUUCUUGUAUCUUUAAACAUGUAUACUAAUGUAUACACAAAGAAAAUGUACGUAGAAAAAAGAAGCCAUUGUUCUAAUUGUCUCAGUGUACUACAUGUACUGUACGUGUGCGUGUUUAUGUGUGUGUGUCUUUCUACGUGUCUGUGAUGUGAGACCAUGUCGUUGAUUCAUAUAGUCCUGGUUUAUACUACGUAAAUGUGUCUUGAAACUAUUUUGUGCACAGGCAGAAACCAGGGCGGCUCCCUGGUUGUGCCAUGUCUAAAAAAAAAAAAAACUUAACACAUUCCUUUCAAAUGUUGAGCAUGCAAAUGUUUGGUAGAGAAGAGAAUACACCAAAUGUCAAAAGACAAAAAAAUAGACAAUUUCCUGUUUCUGUAGGAGUCUCCAGGCAACAGAAUCUGUGCAUUGGAUCCAGAAAGAUUGGCUGUGCGAUGGGCUUGUUGAGUGUUGGAUGUUCUUUGUUGUCUGAGCGAGCAGACUGAGUGGAGGUUUGAAGAGUUUUAAGGCCGUGAUCACUCAGGAGCCGGGUUAUUCAGCGGAAACACAAAGCUUAUCUGUGGGCGUCAUCAUCCUCUGUGAUCACGGCCUGAAGACAUCAACUCUUAGAUCAAUUGAAGGCUUUUAAAAAUAAAAUGGGGGACGUGCAAUUUAAAGAAAAAUAAAAUAAAAAAUACUCUAACUAAAAUUUUUUUUUUUUUUUGAUAACCUUGGUGUAGUACUAAACAAUUUUCUCCAUUUUUAUUUCAAUGUAAAUUCACGUCUCUGUAUAAGAGACCAACCUGCAGAGAGAUUUAUUUUAAUGCAGUCGUACUGCUCAUCAUCGUGUUGGGAACAAUGCAUGAGCGUCAGCCACGCGGGAUGAAAUGGUUGCAGUGCAGAAGCAGAGACGGUUGUGAGUGCAGUGCUUUGUUUGAGUUGACUGAGGAAUCACUUUGAUUUAUUUCACUUGUUUCAUCAGCACAGGGAUUUCCACUAUCCCUUCACCCGAGAUCAGGCCAGUUUCACCUACAGCGCAUCAAAUAAGCUUUUUCAAGCCUUGUAUGCCCCCAGAAGGAUAGGAAGAGGGGGACAUAAAUCCUGGACUAGGCUUAAUUCAUGGGCCCUUCAUGGAAACUACAGCCAUACAUCCUCUGUAUGUAAAAUAGUCUCUCUCAGCGGGACUCGUCUCGAGGCGUCACAGCAUGUGAACUGCCUUUGAAAAGGGCUAUUACCAUGUCAUCUGAAUGUGAGCUUAGUGGUAACUCAUCUGUCGCAUCUGUGCGUGUCCUGACGUGACGUGUUGUUGUGUUUAUUCACUCUGGUUGCAUGAGAUACUUCCGUGUGGAAACCUGUGUUUGUAGAGCGACGUGUUGUUUUAAGAGCCGUUGUGGCUUUUCAGUUUAGAUACAAUCCUUGGUUUGAUGAACAACAGUGUAAAAGCAAGGAGCUGUUUCUUUAAGUCGGAGGUUAUAAACAAUAAGGAUUAUUUUACAUGGAAUAUAUAAACUGUAUAUCUUCCUAACACGGAGGUAGAAAUGGGUGAAUGAGAGAGAUGAAAACCGUGAGUGUAACUUUUGAAAUGAAAGGCCUCAAAGACAUAAAACAGCUACAUCACAUUUUAACUCAAAGGCUGCCACGGAUGGGUUGAUUUUUUUAGGAGACGCGAGCUAAAGAGGCUGCAACUGAAAAACUGGAUUAUCAAAGCAUCUUCUGUUGUCAGGAGCCCAGAAACAUUCAGAGAUCCGAGAAACAGGCUUGACUCAGAACUGCCCUUCAAAACCACAAAUCAUCUUCCCUCAAAAAAGCAAAGAUUCUCCAUUAGCUUUGGUGAUUUUCUCAUGAAUAUUACAGUAUAUCAACACAAAAGAAUUUAUACUGGCAGCGUGCAAAAGACCUGCCAUAGAUGUUUACUUAGUAAAUAUAACUAUGAAAUGCAAUGAGUGAUUGAGAUGGAGAGAAUAUUUUAGAAUAAAAACUUUCCUUUUAAACUUGAUCGUCCAUCCAGCUCCAAACGAACCUGGACUUUUCCUGAUCGCAGUGACGAUGCCAUAACAUUUGCCUUUCAUGUAACAUUUUUGCGUAAACAUAUGAAUAUUAUUGUAACUGCCCUGCUGAGUCCUGCCAGUAGAAUCUACAAAUGAAAGUCAACAUGUCCUGCUUAGUGAAUGUUUUACACCACUUUUACAUUCCCUCCAGUGGAAGCCGAGAUUUUGGCGACCUCUUGUUUACUGUGAGCACAACUUUUACAGUGUAGAGAAACUCUUUGAAUACAUUCCAGGCUUUUUGCCAUUUGCACUAGAUUACAUUGAAAUGUUACACUGACAAAGUUAUGGCAUCUAAAAAUUCCCCACUAAACGGCAAAGCUGAAAGAUAUGAGAGGUUAAAAAAACAAAAAACAAAAACAAAAAAAAAAAACAUAGCCACCAUCACAGUGACUGGGUUUAAUACCUGGCAGGGAUCCCUUUAGUUUGGCCACAUGUGCCAGCCAAUGGUGGUGAAGUUCACGGGUUUAUUGAUGAUGUGCCCUUGUCCAGUUCGCUGCACUGGUUCCUGUCACUGGCUGGUGAAGCAGCUGGGCCAGUGGACUAUGGGAAACAGUGUAGAUUGAUGACAACGAAAUUAUGAAGGAAAUGGGUGAAAAAAAAAAAGAAAGUAUCAAAAAGGGACAAACAACUGAAAAAGGGAAUGGAUUUUUAUUCAGCUUCCUUUAACUGAAUCAAGAGGGUCUUUCUUUUUAAUUCAGGGUGAAAAUUAUUUCAGGGUGCAGAGGUUAAGAAUGUAAAAUAUGAGUUCUUUUGCUAUGUUUUUCCUUAAUUGCAUGUCAUAUACUCUAUGUGGAGCCCAAUCACUGUAAAACUGUCUCAUCAAUGGAACUGAAUCAUUCUUUUUGGAAAUUAAAUGCAUAACACUAAUAAAAAGGUUUAUAAAAAGCUUA